CACUCGUAUAAUUCAGGAAGGUCAAGUUAAAGUGCAAUUUUUCCAGACCACAAACAAUAGAAAACAUGUUUAUAAAUUGGCAGCACGUAAAGUAGAGCAACGCAGUCCCCGUUGUAUCGCGGGAGCUUGUGAGUUUCGAAAGCUAAAUAGUGAUAAAUAUCACGAAAGGAUCUUUCGGAUACUCUAUAAAGUGGUGUCCUCACAAUAAUCUCGAUAUAAUUUUUAUACACGAAAACAGAGAAAGAGGGAAAUAGAUCCAUCAUAUCCAAAGAUACAUCAACAAUUGGAUGCAAAAAUGGAUUCGAUAUUGACGUAUUUGCCAAAUAUAGGUUACUCUUUUCUCGCUCUGCUCAUCGUCACACUGAUCGCCUUGUACUUCUACAUCGAAACCAGACGUGAAGUUCGUCUUCUGCUGAAGUUACCAAAUCCACCACGUGUACCUAUCUUAGGCCAUGCUCUAAUAAGUUUGAAAGUAGAUCCCGAAACUGCUGUACGCAAAAGUUUUGACUUACACCAACAAUAUGGGACAGUCAUAUCGGCACACUUAGGACCAAGAGGUUUUGUCUUCCUAACAGAUCCGCAAGACAUCGAGAUAAUCUUGGGUAGCACCGUCCAUCUCGACAAGUCCGUGGAGUAUGGACUCUUCAAACCCUGGCUUGGAGAUGGCUUGCUGAUCACUACCGGUGCCAAAUGGCGUAAACAUAGGAAGGCGAUAGUUCCUACAUUCCACAUGAGCAUCCUGAAGACAUUUGUACCUUUAUUUUACCAGAAUAGCUUAGACCUCGUGAAUCGACUUCGCGAUAAGGUUGGUCAGGAGUUCGAUUGCCAUGAUUACUUAUCGGCGGUUACUGUUGACAUCUUGACGGAAACUGCGAUGGGAGUUAGUAGAAAGAGGAGGCAGAACACCAGUUAUGAAUAUGCAAUGGCCGUAAUGAAACUGAGUGAUAUCGUACAUCGACGACACUACGACAUCACUAUACGCCCGGACCAAUUGUUCAAAUUCACGAAACUCGCCAACGUGCAACAGAAGUUGCUCGAUACCGUUCAUUUGUUGACGGGGAACGUGAUCAAGGAGAAAUGGAAGGAUAUCGAAGAACAGGAAAAGAGAGGAACGCAGGACGAUGACAUCAAGUGUAAAAAAUCGACCGCGACUAAAGACACGGAAUAUGUCAAUUACACAAAACUGCAUUACGUAAGAGAUGAUCUCGAUGAUAUCGAUGAGAACGACACGGGCGAGAAAAAGCGACUCGCCUUCUUAGAGAUGUUGAUGGAUAUGAAGAAAAACGGCGGACAGAUGACCGACGAGGAGAUAUGGGAAGAAGUCAACACUAUCAUGUUUGAGGGUCACGACACCACAGCAGCCGGCUCGAGUUUUGCACUCUGCGUGUUGGGAUCUCUACCCGAAAUCCAGGCACGUGUGCACGAAGAAUUGGACUCGAUUUUCGGCGACAGCGACAGACAGUGCACUUUCCAUGAUACAAUGGAAAUGAAGUAUCUCGAGAGGGUUAUUCUGGAGACUCUAAGGCUCUUCCCGCCGGUACCAUUAAUCGCUAGGAAGGUUAAUGAAGACGUGAGGAUAGUUACUGGCAAUUACGUCAUUCCGAAGAACGUCACUGUAGUAAUCGUACAAUUUCUACUACACCGUUCGGAAAAAUAUUAUCCGAAUCCACUAGUUUUCAAUCCGGACAAUUUUCUACCAGAGAGGAUGCAGCAAAGACAUUACUACGCUUUUAUUCCCUUCAGCGCUGGACCGAGAUCGUGCGUAGGACGAAAAUACGCUAUGCUGAAAUUGAAGGUAUUAUUGUCGACAAUAUUGAGGAAUUAUCGCAUUACUUCUGACGUGUCGUAUAAAGACUUUGUCUUGCGAGCCGACAUUAUCCUGAAGAGAGGAGACGGAUUUCCUAUCAAGAUCGAGCCGCGUAAACCCAUGUGUCAGAGGGGGGUUACUAUCCCCGCACAAGCAUGAGAUAUAAACAUGAAAUAAUUUAAUCUGUAAGAAUCUCGAGCGCUUUUACACGAUAUACUUGAAGAAAGAGUAUUUUGUUUAAAAUAACAAAUAAUCGUCCUUUUUUUACAAAAUUAUUUAUAAUUUACUUGUACUUGUACAUAUAUAACACAUUAUCCUAUAUUUGUGUCGGUUACGAAUUCGAUGUCGAAUUUGUGUCAGUGGCCAAUAUUAAGGUAAAACCAAAGUACUUUAUAUAUUGAGGCAAAUAAAACGUAAUGGUAAA